GGGAGUUCCAGUGUGGUUUCGAGGACGAGGCGUUGUGUUUGUUCUCUCAGGACAAAACAGACGAGUUCGACUGGACGCGUCACAGCGCCUCCACACGAGACACCAAAUACACCCCGAACACCGGCCCGAGCUCCGACCACACCGGCUCCAAGCAGGGUUUCUAUAUGUACAUCGAGACGUCGAGGCCGAGGCUGGACGGAGACAAGGCCCGGCUGCUGUCUCCCACCUUCAACAUGAACUCCAAGAGCUCCUCCUCCUCCUCAGUUACCAACAACCCCACCUACUGCUUUGCCUUCUACUACCACAUGUACGGGAAACACAUAGGAGGUCUGAACGUGUUUCUGCGGCAGAAAGGUCAGACAGUGACGGACACCUCGGUCUGGAGUCUGACAGGAAACCAAGGAGACCGCUGGCGGCAAGCCAAAGUCAACAUCCACCCAACUGCAGCCUUCCAGAUGGUGAUGGAGGGAGUCCGAGGUUCUGGUAUCGAGGGAGAUAUCGCCAUUGAUGAUGUCACCAUCGAGGAGGGCGAAUGUAAAGACCCUCCCUCCAACAAUCUAAGGUCGCUCGCCCCGCCUUCCGUGCCCCAUAUAUGGCAGCUGUGCAUCACUCUGAGUCUGGCUCUGAUUGGCCGGCAGAGGUGACCCACCCUCCCCUCCUUUACAGGACAUCAAGACCUUUGACUCUUCUGCCUGUCCUCACCUCCCCAUCCAAUCCCAUCACCACCACCACCCCCCCACCCCCACCCAAACAACCAAAGAUACGGUUAGAACUACAGAGGGACUUCCUGCCAAGAUGGCUGACCGAAAAGGUAAAGCGGUCACAUGGAGAAGCACCGGUUGUCUGGCUUCAGAGGUCGUUUAGCUUAGCGUAGCACAAAGUCUGGACUCAGCUGUAGGAACAGCUGGAACGAGACUUUCAACAGGUCUUGCUGUCCCCCCCCCUGCUUCCAGACUAACUGAUGCUAUCUCGCUUUCAGAAAGACUGAGAAUAAAGUAACUACUGUUUAUUAUUGAAAGGUCAACAAGUCCAUUAAAUUUAAUAAAAGCACACUGUUCAUGCAGGUCACAUGGUUUUCCCCUCUGCACGUGUAACGGAGACGUUAUAACAGACGAAGCCGGCGUGAUGUCACGUUUGUCCCGGACUACCGUUUUCAAGUCUCAGUCUUCAAGUUUUGGCAUUUUGGCCGCCGCCAACUUAGUUAUUGGGAACCAGACGUGACCUUUUCUGGACGAGAGGUCGGAGCUAGCUAGCUUGGUAAAGUGCAUCUGUGUAUUAGCUGGGAUGCUAGUUUUGGCUAGCGACAAACAGACUUCAAACAAAAUGUGCUUACUGUAAAAAAUUAACAGCGGACUCCUGAUAAGAUUUUUCAGCGGCACAGGUUUAAAUGUACACAGAGCAGCGGAUACGAGUCGCCUCUAUCCUGAUUGACAGGUCGCCAUGGUAGUGACAUGUCCAUCACCUUGGAGCCCCGCCCUAAAGCCUGCUGGCUGUUCGAGAGAAUGCAGGUUUAAGGCUCUUAAUAACAGAAGCCAGGUUUGUUUAAUUCUCAGAUUUAAAGCUAUUCACCAUGACAACAGUUAAAAUAGAGACCAGCUACCAAUCAUGCGUCGGCGUGUUUUCAGAUGAUCUUCUGAAAAUCGCCGUUUGUGGUGUUUCAUCGAUUUUGUCCAGCGAAACUCGUCGACCUUUUGUUUUCAGCUUGACGCCACAGAGUGCCGAAGAAAACGGCGUAUCAGUCAGAAGGAAAAAAAGUAAAUAACAGUUUGAAUGUCAUCUUUCCUGACCCCCCCGUCCCGCCAUCCCCAAUCAUAAACCCUCCCAACCCCCCCAUCCACAGAUCAACAGUACUGUACCACGAGCUGACGGACAAACGGCGUCAGGGGAGGGUAACUUUUUACAGCGUGCGGACUGACUUUUAUUGUGACGUGUGUCUGUCUGCGUCGGACGCCGGAGGAAAGCUCACCCUCUGCCAUGACAUCAAGUGCCUUCAGACUCACAGAGGGAAAAGAUCGCCGGGCCGAGGACCGCCGUCGAAAAGAAAAAGACAAAGAUUCGGACAUCGUUAUGUCUUAAUGACCACCGAGGAACAGAAAUAACUCCCGGUUUGAUUAUGCAGAGAAUCAGUUUCUUACAGAUUUUAUUCCUUUUGGUUUUGUUCUUAAGAAGAAAAGAGGAUUCUGGGAAACAGGAAGCCAUGAUGAAUGGCGUUAAGAAGAGGCAGCAGCAAACAAAGAAGCCAUGGACAGGAAAUAGACUCUGAUUUAUUUAACAAUUUUAAACAACAACAUGCAAUCAGUGUGACUGGAUAUUUAAAAAUAAAAAAGACUGUUCCUGUUGUUGGACGAUUUUCAGCCCUAAGCCAAUGGGAUUCGAGCAUUUGAUCUCUCGGAACUAUUUUAGUAUUUAAAAAUAAAAGUUUUCAGGAGGAGGCGGGGACUUUGACGUUACCUGAGAUCAUCAGUUACCUUAACCUAUAAAAAUAAAUUUUGGAAAAACACAGAAAAAUGUAUCUUAUAUUGUUCCUAUAUUAUAAAGGCGGGGGGGAAUCUUUACACGUCGCAUCUCUUUUGUUCGUUUUAACAAUGGUGGGACUUUAAGUUCAGGUGUCUUUGUUUUGGUCGUUUGUUUUUUAUUUGUGGAAAAACUCCAAGGAAAAUGUUAAAGGUUAAAAAAUCCAGCGUUAAUGUUUUUUUUUUUUUUUUUUUUUAGGGAAUUGAUGGUUUUAAACUGAUUUUUUUUUUUUUAAAAAGCACAAAAACACACAAAUGUUUAGUUCAACAGAGUCACCUGUAUGGAAACUGCUGUAGGACACAUUUCCAAAUUCAUCAGGUCCGUGCCCAACCCGUUCUCACUCCCAAGUUGUCACAUAUGGACGCUUUGUCCAGACCCGUUGGCGUCAGUUUGUAAUACACUGAGGGAAGCCCUGUAGCGUCGUUUAUGAAUGGUAAAGUAUUUAACAGAUAAAUCAGAGUAAAGAGGCGGUUGCGAUGGACGGUUACCCAGAAACCAAGCAGACGGUUGUUUGUUUUCCUGUGUGAAACAUAAAGUCAACAUUAAAUGUUUUUUAAAGGUUGCGUAAGUUAUGCAAGUAACAUUACUUAUGGAAAUUAACUGACAUACGUAAACCUAACCAAGUAGUUUUGUUGCUCAAAAGAACGACACUAAAGGGUACACAGGGCAUUAAAAAGUGACGCCAAGGGGUCUCGACCAAGCGGUCCACGUGUGACGAGUUGGAAGUGAGAAUGUUUUGCUGCGCCAUGUAGCGUACGGAAGCCCAUUUCUGCCGAGGAAGAAGAAAAUAGAAAAAAGUUAGGACAAUAAAAAUGUAAGUGGUCAUGACAGAAACUGACUAUUUGACAUUUGUGACAGAAAUGGGCUUCUGUACUUGUGCUCGCAAACAUGCUGUCACAGAAAAACCAUCGACUGCCGUUUUGAUUCAGGUGGUUUCACAGCGUCUGUGAGAAAAUAAUAUUUUAAACUUGAAAAGACAUUUAAAGAGACAGUUUACAGCGACUUUAGGUUCUGUAAGAUAAAAGCUGUGUCUCAAUUCGGAUACCUCGGAUACAAACGUGCAGUACACUGUGUACACUAUGUAAGUACACAAUGAACUUACUUGCCUAGUUUCAACAGGGUAGUGUUGUCUCUGAUCAAACACGGAGGUUGUGCACUACCUGGAAAUGAAGAUUGCAACGUUUGACCGCUUCUCCGCAUUUUUAAUUGUGAAUUGUAACUAGGCGGAUCAUUAUCGCCAACAUGUGAUCGCGACUGUCUCCCGCCAAAAUACCUGCCGGCUUGUUUGCUCACUUAACUUCAAUUAAAUUUGAAUAAAAACCGUACCACACUCAACCUUUUGACCGUUAUGAGAACACCAUCCGGGUACUCGUGGCGCACUGCGUUUUGCCAGAACCGUCACUCAGAAGUGUGAUACGGAAGUCCGCAAAUUGAGACACAGUAAAAGUGUGUUCUUAUAUGAUUCACUGUCUUUAAAAAGUCUUUCUUGAGGAAAAUCAUACAUUUCUCACGACUCAAUAAUGACAGAGCCUGAUUUCCAUCUCGCUCAUCCGAGGAUCCAUUAGAUAAUUCACACUCAGAUAAAUAUCAAUUCUUUUUAAUGUUUUGUUGAUUUGUUUUCCUCCCUGUGGCGACACGUUUCCUCUCACUGUGUUUUUCCACUGCAGCUGAUAAUCAGAUCUUUAUUAAAGCUCCUCUGGGUAUCAGUUUUUCCUCCACUGCCUCGUCAUUAACUCUGUUCGGUGGAAACACAGCGGAUGAUUGGUCGCCUCUGAUGUGGGUUUAUUUAUUCAUUUACUCAUUUCUGCAAUUUUUUUAAAAAGUGUCCAAAUUCAACCACACUGAUUUCAGAAAUAAGCUGUUGCUUACAUCCCACCCUCCCCACUCAAACAAACAAUAGUAUAAAAGCCAAAUACAGCCAGGAAAAGACAGAUAAUCAAAUGUCAAGAUGGUUAACGGAUUGAUGGUCUCUCCAGACUUAGAGACCACAUUUCCCAGAAGUCUUGUUGCUUAAAAGUCUACAGCGAGCCUGUCUCUCCCCUUCCGGUGGACCACUAUGGGUCCUAACUUUGGGAAAAAUAUUUUUGGUAGACAAUGGUGAGAGACGGCUGAUGUUUUGAUCCCGUUUAAAUUGUGUCCACAUGAUGUUUUCAGUUUAAAAGAUAUUUUAAGUCAAAGAAGUUGCAGUUUGUGACCAGACCACAAACCCAAAAAUCGCGUAUGUGACGUCAUAACUGUCUCCCUCAGUAACUCAAGCUAACGUCUCUGUAGAAGAAGAUAUACUUUAUGAAUCCGUGCAGGGUUUCAGGGGCUUGCUCAAGGCCUCUUUCGGCAGCGCCCAGGAUCCAGCUACCAGUCCGUGCUCCACAUCUGUGGUCCGAGAUGGAUUUGAACCGGGACUCUCCGGUUCCCUGCCUAAUCCUUAUGGACUGAGCUACUGCCGCCCCACUGAAGCUAACGUCAAAGAGCUUCCAUUUGCACAUGAUGUGAUGAAAGUAUAGAUACAUCUGUGUGUAGAACAUAGCUAAGCUACCUAGCUAGUAACAAUCAAGCAGUGAACAUUAGCUUAGCAUUACCGCGCUAACAUAUUUGAGAGAUGUAGUUCACUCAGCGGUUUCACUCAAAACAAAAUUUUACUUUACUGUUUUAUGAAAGACUGCGACUUUAUUAAAUUAAAUUAUCUUUUAAAUCUACAAACAUCAUGUGUGUAAUUAAUGGCACAAUUCAAAAACAUUAAUUAUCUGUCGCCGUUGACUGCCGUACAUAUUUAUUCUAAAAUAAGGUCCAGGAGGGACUUUCUCUCAAUUGCAGGACUUCAGACUUAUUUUUUCCCAUCUCUGUUUACAGUAAAACAUCUUAACUCAUCUACAUUUCAAAUGUUCCUUCGAUGAAAGUCGCCUCCGCUGGUCAAAGCUUCUGUUGUCGCCUCCCUGCAGUGGAAAAACACGUCUUCAUUGUCACGUCCGACGUCUGUGUUGUUUAUAUUUGGAUUUUUUGGGAGCGAGGGGCAAUAAAGAAAAGUUUUUAAAAAGCCACCAACAUGACGACUCUGUAGACGUGUGAAGACAUAUUUUUAUAACUGAUUAUUCUCUGCAAUAGAUUCUCAGAUCAGUUGGACUGACUGAAGGUUACACUGCGUUCUGGUUAAUAUUAUUAUUAUUAUUAUUAUAUUAUUAUAUGAAUAAAUACACUCCAUAUGUAACAUUAAAUGGUUUUCUGUCUUCAUGCUGCAUUAUGUUUCAUAUCUCCUUGUGGGGACUCUCCUCUUAAAAGGUCCUCACAAGGUCAAAAAUAAAACUUUUAGUACAAA